UUUUAAUAAAAACCAAUUUUAGUAGCUUUCUUAAGAAGAAUUUCGAGCUAAAAGGAGAAAGCAGAAACUCAGCCAAACAGAGCCACAAUCACUUGGGUAGAACUUAUUCCCAAAAGUUAGUCUAAGAAAGAAGGGUGCCCGAGUAAUUAUAUACUACUAACCAAUCCCAUACUUGAUCAAUCCUAACAGGCUCUUGUUGGGGUCUUCUCCAACAACAAGUACUAGUUUAAGCAGACAAAAGGUGCUUGUGAUAAAGUUGAAAUAAUGGAAGAAGUAGAAGUGACAUCCUUAACAAAAGGAAAUAAUAAGAAGAGAAAGUUCAAAAGAAUAUGUGUUUACUGUGGAAGCAGAGUUGGAUACAAGUCUGCAUUUAGUGAUGCUGCUCUUGAGCUUGGUAAACAGAUGGUUGAAAGAAAAAUUGAUUUGGUAUAUGGUGGAGGGAGCAUAGGCCUAAUGGGAUUGGUCUCUAGGACUGUGUUUAAUGGAGGUUGCCAUGUUCUUGGUGUUAUUCCAACUGCUCUUUUGCCUCAUGAGAUUUCAGGUGAUACAAUUGGAGAAUUGAAAGCAGUUGCUGACAUGCAUCAAAGAAAGUCUGAAAUGGAAAAACAUGCAGAUGCUUUCAUUGCAUUACCUGGUGGUUAUGGAACCAUGGAAGAACUUUUGGAGAUGAUAACAUGGUCUCAGCUUGGGAUUCAUGACAAACCAGUGGGAUUGUUGAAUGUGGAUGGUUACUAUAACAACUUGCUUGCCUUGUUUGAUAAAGGAGUAGAUGAAGGCUUCAUAGACCAUUCAGCUAGACAUAUUGUGGUCAUAGCCAAUACAGCUGAAGAUCUCAUCAACAAGAUGGAGGAGUAUGCACCUAUACAUGAAAAGGUUGCACCUAGAGAAAGAUGGGAAGUGGACCAAUUAUUAGAGUCUACACAAAGUGAGGAUAAUGCCCUAAUAUAAUAUAAACUAUCAUCUUCAUCAUCACCACCAUCCAUCUUUGUAUAUUUGAUAAUAUAAUAUAAACUAUAUAUAUAAUGCUUAAUAUGUUAUGUAGUUCCCAUGCUAAAGAAAAGAAGAAAAUUAUAAUAAUAAAAAAAACUAAUUGCCCAUCUUUAUAUUUUCAUGAUGGCUUGGAUGUUAA